GCAACAAUAGGAAACGUCAAAACUCCGGCAGUCCGCGCUUCUGGCUGCUGCAGCUUAAAGUACACUGAAUUCACAAGAGUCUAGCUAGCACUGGUUCUGGUAUUCUUGACACCGUCGCCUCCACCGACGUGAGCAAGUAAACUUGGAACCGGCUUCUUCAUUUCCUGAGCACCAGUUCCCGGCUGAAGCAUUUUCCUUUUGGCUUAUAGCCCCCGCCCAAAGGCCGAUUCGUCGCGGCGGCGGUGGGAAUCGCAGGUCGCUCAGUCUUGCAGAUGGGUCAGGGGCUGUGGAGAGUGGCCAGAAACCAGCAGCUACAACAGGAAGGCUAUAGCGAGCAAGGCUACCUCACCAGAGAACAAAGCAGGAGAAUGGCUGCGAGCAACAUUUCUAAUGCCAAUCAUCGUAAACAAGUCCAAGGUGGCAUUGAUAUAUAUCAUCUUUUGAAGACAAGGAAGUCUAAAGAACAAGAAGGAUUCAUCAAUUUGGAAAUGUUGCCUCCUGAGCUAAGCUUUACCAUCUUGUCAUACCUGAAUGCAACUGAUCUCUGUUUGGCUUCAUGUGUUUGGCAGGACCUCGCCAAUGAUGAACUUCUCUGGCAAGGGUUGUGCAAAUCCACUUGGGGUCACUGUUCCAUAUACAAUAAGAACCCACCUCUUGGAUUUUCUUUUAGAAAACUGUAUAUGCAACUGGAUGAAGGCAGCCUCACCUUUAAUGCCAACCCAGAUGAAGGAGUGAACUACUUUAUGUCCAAGGGUAUCCUAGAUGAUUCACCAAAGGAAAUAGCAAAGUUUAUCUACUGUACAAGAACACUAAAUUGGAAAAAACUGAGAAUCUAUCUUGAUGAAAGGAGAGAUGUCUUGGAUGACCUUGUGACAUUGCAUAAUUUUAGAAAUCAAUUCUUGCCAAAUGCACUGAGAGAAUUUUUUCGUCAUAUCCAUGCCCCUGAAGAGCGUGGGGAAUAUCUUGAAACUCUUAUAACAAAGUUCUCACAUAGAUUCUGUGCUUGUAACCCUGAUUUAAUGCGAGAGCUUGGCCUUAGUCCUGAUGCAGUUUAUGUACUGUGCUACUCCCUGAUUCUACUUUCCAUUGACCUCACUAGCCCUCAUGUGAAGAAUAAAAUGUCAAAAAGAGAAUUUAUUCGAAACACUCGUCGUGCUGCUCAAAACAUUAGUGAAGAUUUUGUAGGGCACCUUUAUGACAACAUCUACCUUAUUGGCCAUGUGGCUGCAUAAAAGCACAAUUGCUAGGACUUCAACUUUUAACUUCAAACUAAAACUACCCAAGGACAUAUUUAUCAGAUAUGGGAGGUAUAUUAGUGAUGGUCAUUCUAGCUUCUGUACACAAUCAAGCUUGAGUGUACAACCUUUUUUUCUUUCACUACUUCCUUUUUUAGUAAUUUCCUUGGGGAACUAAAGAACUUUGCAGAACUUUUCUUAAUUUUGCGUAUCAUGUUUUGCACAAAGCCGAGCCAUUGUCUGACGUAACUAUUUAAGAAUGUAAAACUGACGCUGUACUCUAUAAGAUGGCAUAUUGUGCAUUCGAUUUGCCUGGAAAACUUUACCCAGUUCCAUUCUUUUUUAAAACACCAUGUAAUGUGUACAUAUUUAACUAAAGAGAUUUAUAAUCAUAAUUAUUUUAUUGUAAAGGUUUUAACUAAAGUUUUUCCUUUUCUCUCAAA